ACUGUACGUAUAACUCACCUCCGGCUUCGCGCCCGGCAGCCCCUUUUCACAGAGAUCCUUACAACAUUUUGCGUCUCUGCAAUUUCCAGCCGGAAUUGCUUUGUGGCAUUUUUGAAUAGCUUCUUCGGAGACAGAUUUUCCACUAAACUCAACUGCAAACCACAGAUAAAAACAAAGGUCAAUUGAUAGGGCAGGUGGAUCCUGUCGCAGAGGAGCCACCAGAAUUAAUAAACAACAACAGAAUGUUGGUGCUGGUGGAGUGGUGACAAUUUCUAUGGAUGUAUUAUGAACUAUUAUCACGGAAAUGGUACAAGAAGCAAUGUAAGAGGUGAACCAGCAACAAAAUGUUCAGAGGCAAUGGAGGGAAUGUGGGUCCAGAGAGGGAUUGAAUUGUUUGAGGAGGAUCCUGAAUAUCAAGGCAAACUGAAGCAAUUUCAGAAAUGGCACCCAACUACCUUUAGGGGUACACAAGACACCAAAGAUGUUAAUGAGUGGAUACAGAAUCUAGAACAGAUAUUCAAAGUGAUGAGAUGCAAGGGUCAUCACAAAGUUCUGCUGGCCACCUUUAUGCUUAGAGGAGAGGUUAGAAGUUGGUGGAAAAGGAAGGAGCAGGAAUUAAAUGAAUUGCGGCAAGAAGAUAUGACAGUAGAUCAGUACAAGGCCAGCAGAACUUGGCACUUGUGCUGCUGCAGUGAAAAAGGCUUAAGAACUGCGUUGGGGACGUCGUUCGGCGGUGUAGAAACGAACCGCAGACAAGGAGAGAACGCCACGAGCUCCGCCGCGCAUGCUGGGUGCAGCGAUGGUGCAGCAGAUGUUGCAGCAGUGGCGCAGAGGAUCAAGAUUAGCAGGGGUAUGAGACAGAUUGAAGUUGGAAACGCCAUCACCGGAGACGGGGGAAAUUGGGAGAGACCUCUUUUUGUAGUGAAACUCAUUUUCUUGAUAAUAACAGAUGUGAUCCGCUGAUCAGUUGUUUACUUUAUUUAAUUAUUAUUUUCGCUGAAAUAUAAUGUUUGAUCAAACUAGAAAGGUAUACUCUCACUGAGCUAUCUAGCUUAUGCUUUCAAAAUCUCAUCUCAUUUCAAGUAUAGAAGAGUGAGCAUUUGGGGUUGUAUUUGGGAGUGAGAGGCACAACAAUCUUAGAGUAGUUCUUUGAUUUAGUUUAAGUUAUUUUUGGAUUGUGGGAUAUUCAGAAAUGAAGACUUAUUUGCUAUGACUUAUUGCUAUGAGAUUUAUGUUUGAUUUUAUGAAGUGAGGGUCAAGUGUUUGUCAUGACUUAUUGUACAUGUUAAUAAAGAUGGAGUUUCUUA